AUGGCAAUGGCGCGGCUGGCGCGGAAGAUUCUUCCGAUUUCGACGGCGACGACGACGACGCGGCGGCGCCGCUCGAGAGGGCGUUUCUCUCCGCGCUCGACGACGCCGACGCGGCGGUGGACGCCGCCGCCGUCGCCGCCGCGGAGGAGCGCUAUUCCUCCAACCCCUCGCUCGGCGACGACGACCUCGGCGUGGACGUCAGCGGCGGUAAAAUCGCCGCGGAGGCGGAGGCGGAGAGUUGCGUCGGCACCGCCGCCGCGGAGGCGCUCGCGAAGCUCUGCCUCCGACGCGGCGCCGCCGCGUUCGCGUCCGCGCCCGCGGUGGUUUCAAAACUGCUGCGAACCUAUUUCGCGGUCGACGCGCGAUCGCGGCCGAGGCUCGCGCAGUGCCUCGCGGUUUUCUUCCCCGCGCUCGCGUCCGGGCCGGAGGACAGAAGGAGGCUCGUCUCAGACGCCGCGCUGCCGACGCUGCGCGCCGCGGCGAAGCAGAAGGGGGUCGCCAAGGUGGCGAACUACCUCGUCCACCUCCUCACGGCGUGCGCGCCCGUCGUCGAGAUGGCCGCCUCAAUCGCCGCGACCGCCGCGGUAUCCGACGACGUCACGGAGGACACGACGUCAACGUCAGCGUCGGCGAAGACCGCCCCCGGACAAGUCAGGCGCGUUCUUCUUCACACUGGUUCCCAUACGACCCCGAUCGCGUGGUGAACGCCGAUCCUUAAGGACUUCGCCCGGCACAUCUCUGCGCCCACCCCUCGCUUUCAAUCCCCGCCCACGACGCCUUUCAACUCCAUCUGACGCCUUUCAACUCGACGCCUUUCAACUCGGUAUGAACGGAUUCAGACCCGCCGCGACGGCGCGCGGCGAAGUGUUGAUCGCGUCUCUCCUCAAGGAGGCACUCGCGGUGACGCUUCGACCGACGUCGCUGUACGCGACGACCGCGGAGAAGACGCUGUCCAAGGCGUACGUCGGCGCGCUCGCGAAGGUUGCCGCGCACGGGUGCGUCCUCGACGGACGCGCGAGCUCGGAGAGAACCGCGUUGGCGCACGCUAGCGUCGCCGUCAAGCUGUGCGCGGCGCGCGUCGCGGAGAAAACCGCGGCGAAGGAUUUAAACGUCGCGUCGACGAACGUCGCGCGCGCGAUGAAGCAGUUGUUAUUCGCGGCGGACGAAGAGACGGAGGACGACGCGACGACGACCGCGGAGGACGCCGAGGAGGCGACGACGGCGGCGGUGAUGGCGGAGUGCGAGGCGUUGUCGCGGAGUCGAGAGCUGGGCGUCGCCGACGGCGUCAGCGGCGUCGCGCUCAUCCCGACGACGAAAGCGGUCAAGGCGGCGGAUGCUAAGGAGAAGGAGACGACGCCGCCGCCCGAAGAGAUCGACGCGACGGAGGAGGAGGAGGAGGAGGAGCCCGCCGCCGCGAAGGGCAAGGCGGGGCGCGCCGCGCGGGGCUCGCGCGCGGCGCUCAAGGAGAACUUCGCGCGCUAA